AUGAUUAACACAGAAGGUAUUGAAGAAGGCAUUGAAGAAGGUAUUGAAGAAGGUAAUGAAGAAGGUAUUGAACAAGGUAUUGAACAAGGUAUUGAAGAAGGUAUUGAACAAGGUAUUGAGCAAGGUAUUGAACAAGGUAUUGAACAAGGUAUUGAAAAAGGUAUUGAACAAGGUAUUGAACAAGGUAAUGAACAAGGUAUUGAACAAGGUAUUGAAAAAGGUAUUGAAGAAGGUAUUGAAGAAGGUAUUGAAGAAGGUAUUGAAGAAGGUAUUGAAGAAGGUAUUGAAGAAGGUAUUGAAAAAGGUAUUGAAGAAGGUAUUGAAGAAGGUAUUGAAGAAAGUAUUGAAAAAGGUAUUGAAGAAGGUAUUGAAGUAGGUAAAGAAGAAGGUAAAGAAGAAGGUAUUGAAGAAGGUAUUGAAGAAGGUAUUGAAAAAGGUAUUGAAGAAGGUAUUGAAGAAGGUAUUGAAGAAGGUAUUGAAGAAGGUAUUGAAGAAGGCAUUGAAGAAGGUAUUAUAGAAGGUAUUAUAGAAGGUAUUCAAGAAGGUAUUCAAGAAGGUAUUCAAGAAGGUAUUCAAGAAGGUAUUGAAGAAGGUAUUGAAGAAGGUAUUGAAGAUGGUAUUGAAGAAGGUACUGAAGAAGGUAUUGAAGAAGGUAUUGAAGAAGGUAUUGAAGAAGGUAUUGAACAAGGUAUUGAACAAGGUAUUGAACAAGGUAUUGAAGAAGGUAAUGAAGAAGGUAUUAAAGAAGGUAUUGAAGAAGGUACUGAAGAAGGUAAUGAAGAAGGUAUUGAAGAAGGCAUUGAAGAAGGUAUUGACGAAGGUAAUGAUGAAGGUAUUGAAGAAGGUACUGAAGAAGGUAUUGAAGAAGGUAUUGGAGAAGGUAUUGAACAAGGUAUUGAACAAGGUAUUGAAGAAGGUAUUGAAGAAAGUAUUGAAGAAGGUAUUGAAGAAGGUAUUGAAGAAGGUUCCCAUAAAGAGUUGGAGGAGGAGCUGAACCUCUCUGGGUUCCCAUGCAGAGUAGGAGGAGAAUCUGAACCUAUACGAGUUCCCUUAAAGAGUGAAGUAGGAGUAGAUGAACCUAUCACGGUUCUCAUGCAAAGUAGGAAGAGAAGCUGA